UCAGCGUGACGUCGUCCUCUCUUCCUGUUUGGAGUCUCGCACCUUCAUUCCGCGGAGCAGCAUCCUGUUGAUGCCAGGGAACAUGAUCUUAGCGGGAACCCGUGGCUCGCUGACGGUGACCGCGCGCCUCCCUUCUCCUUCUCCCCCUUCCGCUCCCUGAAAGCCGCCCGUCGCUUGUGUCCCGGGCCGCGGCAGCGAUGUGCCAGGAGGGGGACGAGGCGAAGGAGGACUGCGGCUCCCGGGAGGAGUGGACGCUGCUGUUCUGGACCUCUCUGGCCGUCGUCGUGCCGGUCAUCCUGACGCUGUGGUGCAGCGCGCAGCGCUCCAAGAGGAGGACCUACAUGAAGGAGUUCUUCAGGAAGAGCAAGCACGGCUGGCAUUACACGGACCUGUUCAACAAGCCCACCUACUGCUGCGUCUGCUCGCAGCACAUCCUGCACGGAGCCUUCUGCGACUGCUGCGGCGUGUGCGCCGACGAGCAGUGCCUGCGCCGGGCCGACCGGAGCCUCCCCUGCAAGGAGAUCAUGGCCCCGUGCCGGCCGGACGGGACCACGGAGCACCGCUGGGUCCGCGGGAACGUGCCCCUGGCCAGCUACUGCGCCGCGUGCAAGCAGCAGUGUGGGACCCAGCCCAAGCUCUGCGACUUCAGGUGCAUCUGGUGUCAGACCACCGUCCACGACGACUGCAUGGACAGCCUCGCGGGCAAAGACACGUGUGACCUGGGCGAGUUCCACAGCCUCAUCAUCCCGCCUCACUACCUCCACCGCGUUAACAAGCUGCGGCGCCGGCUCCCCGACGAGUACAGCAAGCUGGGGGCUUCCUGUGGCAGAAACUGGACUCCUGUGUUGGUGCUGGCCAACACACGGAGCGGCAACAACAUGGGGGAGGCCCUACUGGGAGAGUUUCGUACCCUCCUCAACCCCGUUCAGGUGUUCGACCUGUCCGAGCUGACGCCCCCCAAGGCCCUCCAGCUGUGCACCUUACUCCCCCCCGGCAGGGUCCUGGUGCUGGUAUGCGGAGGCGACGGCACUGUGGGCUGGGUCCUGGAUGCGAUAGACGCAAUGAAGCUCAAGGACCAAGAUCAGUUCAUCCCCAGGGUGACCAUCUUGCCCCUGGGAACAGGAAAUGACCUUUCCAACACGUUAGGCUGGGGAGCUGGCUAUGCUGGGGAGAUCCCCGUGGAGCAGGUUCUCCGUAACGUUCUGGAAGCCGAAGUGGUCAAGAUGGACAGAUGGAAGGUGCAAGUAGCUUCAAAGGGCCUCUACUUUCGGAAACCGAAGGUUCUGUCCAUGAACAACUACUUCUCUGUGGGGCCGGAUGCUCUGAUGGCGCUCAACUUCCACGCCCACCGCGAGAAAACGCCCUCCUUCUUCUCCAGCCGCAUCAUUAACAAGGCUGUGUACUUCCUGUAUGGCACCAAAGAUUGUUUAGUACAGGAAUGUAAAGAUCUGGAUAAGAGGGUUGAGCUGGAGUUGGACGGGGAGAGGGUGGCGCUACCGAGCCUGGAGGGCAUCAUCGUUUGUAACAUCGGCUACUGGGGAGGAGGCUGCAGGCUCUGGGAGGGCAUGGGAGACGAACCCUGUCCCCCGACUCGGCUGGACGAUGGGCUGCUGGAGGUGGUGGGUGUGUUUGGGUCCUUCCACUGCGCUCAGAUCCAGGUCAAGUUGGCCAACCCUGUUCGACUGGGACAGGCACACACUGUCAGGCUGGUUCUGAAGAGCUCCACGAUGCCCAUGCAGGUGGACGGCGAGCCCUGGGCUCAGGGACCCUGCACCAUCACCAUCACCCAUAAGACCCAGGCCCUCAUGCUGUACCACAGCGGAGAGCAGACGGACGACGAUGACGAUGACGACGACGAGUCCAGCACCUCGGAGCCUGAGAGCCCGGCCCCUCAUGACUCCCCCAGACGCCAGUGGUCGACUGCUUUGCAAGCGUGAUGCGCCUCGGGCGUCACGUGAUCCUUUGGUUUCAGUUUCUUCAGUCUCAUUUCACUGGUCGAUCACUUGCUGUGCUUGUCUCCGCUUCAUACAUCCUUGUGAUCCUCUUUUUUUUUUCCAGCGAUAGGUUCGCAUUUCUCAAAUAUUUUGCACAGCUAUAAACUGUUUAGAGUCCUCUUAUGUUAUUAGUCCAUUAUCUUCAAACCCUCGUUUGUUGUAACCUAGAGCUCAGGCGUUUACCUUCUGGAGCAGUCAGGAGGAGGCGAAUAUGUUAAAGAAAGCUUUCUGUUUAUUUGCACUGAUCCCUGGAGUCUAUAGAUAACUGUGCCGUAUUUAUUGUGCUUUAUUUAAAACUGAGUGUUCCUUUCAGCGAGCCAACUUUACCACACUGUCCAGGCCCUCUAAAAGCCAUGUUGAAACCUAGAGCAGGCCAUGAAGCUGUGAUACAAAGAUUAGUCCCGUCACAUAAUGAUUUUAUGGUCUAAAUUAAGCACAAAAACUCAGUGAGCAGUGGGUUGACUUGUAGAAGUAUUGAAACAAACAUCUGUUAAAUUCAGAUUCUCAGUUUCUCUCUCUAGCAUCCGUUGCUGAAACCUUUAGAAGUGUUUGCCAAAAGAUUCUCGGCUCUGAAAGGAAGGGCGGCGGCGUGACGGUAAACACGUAAACGUAUUCUUGCACCUGGGACCUUUCCUACGUUUAGUCAGGUUACGAUGGGAAACCUCGUGUUUUAUUGGGUUUCCAGGUGAUUAGACCGACACAGGGCGGUGCUGAACCGUGAAGUGGAAGGGAAACGAUGCAAGAAUAUAAGAAGUGGGGAGAGCCUUUGUAUUCAGUAGAUUACCCGAGUCAAUACGUUGUAGAGGCACAUACCGUUGUAGCUGAUGUCUUUUUGGGCUCCGUCUCUAUUAGCGCAUCUAGAAACUAAACUAUUUGCUCGCUCUAUGAAAAUGUCUCUUUAAUGAUGUUCUCCAACAAACCUCUGAGGCCUUUACCGAACAGCCGGAUUUACUCAGAUUAAAUUACACACAUGUGCACCUUUUAGAAUCUAUAUAAUAAAAUGUAUAAUUAGGUGACUUUUGAGAGACUUUGUUUCGAAUAUUAAAACCAAGUAUCAUUUUCCUUCCCCUUCAAACUUGUGUUGGCCUAUCGGGUACGACCACAAUAAGAUGUUUUUAAGGUUGUGGUUGUAAAAGUGGCAAACCUCCCUUUAGCAAGGGACUGGUUCCGUUUAAUCACCGGACACACGAUGCGUCGGUCUAUGUGGGGUCUGGACUGUGCCGUCGGCGGAUACUGACAUACAGACUUGGUUAGGGGUCCUGCAGGAAACGGGCCCACCUGUCGAGGCUAACUUAGAAAGCACUGCCAAGUAAAUAUGGAGCAACUUUGCUAGCAUGUAAAAACUUUUUUUUUUUGUUUCCUCCCCCUCGUCAUUGUAAAUUGUUUACAUAUUUUGUGUUGCGCUUACACUGCCCAGGACGUAGCGUCUAUACAUGUUACAGCCAUAUGUUAUGCAAGCAGUCCUUUAGCAUUUCAUGUUUUACCUGCUAUCGCCACAAGGUGGCAGGCUGAGGGCAGUAUUUAGUAGCUCUUUGCAGACACUAGAUCAGUAGUUACAGCACUGUUGCAUGUACCUUCGUGUGGCGUUCAGGUGACGCCGUCGCUCCGGGCGUCUUGGUCGGACAUCCAAGUGCUUGCAGGAUUACUGUUGCUCCAAGCCAUAUUGGAAACGUCUGUGGAUCGUCUCUUUUUAAAAGUUUGCUACGGCAGCCUUUAAAAGGUUGAACAGGAUCAGCCGUCAGCCAUGAUUAUGCCUACGCUUAAUGCCAACGUCCUCUUGCUGGAUGACACCCGCUUUACCUUUUUAAUGUGCGUUUACCAGAGGUUUGUGUUGCAAUGGAGCAUUUUAUGUGGAACUUAAAGAGCGUAGGAUUCCCCCCCCCCUCUGGGCUUAGAGCCCGUUUCCCCCGUUUGAAGCUGAUCUGACCGAAAUGUUUCAUUGGGGCAGAACUGACAUUGUUGCUUUGGCAGAACGCCCUCCUGUGCAUUUUGGAUUUUUGUUUUUAAAGCGUGGCUAGAAAACAGUAUUGAUGCAGGAGUUAAAAAGUCAUGGUGACAGAAAAGCUGCUUCAGCUUUAAAAUCUAAAAUAAAACUCCUUAUAAGAAUCUAUGGUGAAUAUGUUAACCACUAAAGGAGCUCCCUGUUUAACACAAACCACAAAGAAGCAAGAGUUUAGAGGAAAACAAGCUUUUAAUGCCAACAAUCAUAGGAAAUGGCCGUUUACAAAACGUGACAAGAACCAAUUUUGAUUUAAAUGAAUGUAAUGAGGUGUAAUGUUUGGAAUUUGAAGACAUUCCCAUAAAUAUUUUCAUACAUAAA